ACGGUACAACAGUCAAAACUACAACUCAACUCACUCUCCCUCUCCACAUUUUCCCCUUAUUAUUAAAAAUAAAAAGCAAAAACUAAAAAAAGAAAGGAGAAUCAUUUCAAUGUUUUGCUUUCUGGGCCAGAUUCUGUAUUGAAAUAGAUAAAGAAGAAUCCUCAGCUUCCUUCUAUCUUCGCCGUAGGAGGAGAGGACCCUGAGCAAUGGCGGAAUCAUCGGAAGAGAUCCGAGCUCCUCUCUUGAGCAGCAGGGAACAUGAGAGAACAGAGAACACCAACCCCGGCUCGUCGGAGGUCACCGAGCUACCAGAGGAGGAGGAGGAGGAGAACUCGCCUGUGAGGCAAGUGGCGCUGACGGUGCCUACGACGGACGACCCCACUCUGCCCGUGCUGACGUUUCGGAUGUGGGUGCUGGGGACGGUGUCGUGCGUGGUGCUGUCGUUCCUGAACCAGUUCUUCUGGUACCGGACGGAGCCGAUGACUAUAACGGCCAUAUCGGCCCAGAUUGCGGUGGUGCCACUGGGUCGGCUCAUGGCUGCGCACAUCACAGACCGGGUCUUCUUCAAAGGGACCCGCUGGGAGUUCACCCUCAACCCAGGGCCCUUCAACGUGAAGGAGCACGUCCUCAUCACCAUAUUUGCCAACUCCGGCGCGGGCACCGUCUACGCCAUUCACGUCGUGACGGUCGUCAAGGUCUUCUACAAGAAGCACAUCACCUUCUUCGUCUCCUUGAUUGUCGUCAUCACCACUCAGGUGCUGGGGUUCGGAUGGGCAGGUAUAUUCAGAAGGUACCUGGUGGAGCCGGCAGCUAUGUGGUGGCCGGCGAACCUCGUUCAGGUUUCACUUUUCAGGGCGCUGCACGAAAAGGAGGAACGGCCCAAGGGCGGGGUGACGCGCACCCAGUUCUUUCUGAUCGCAUUAACAUGUAGCUUUGCAUACUACGUCUUCCCGGGAUACCUCUUCGAGAUGCUGACCUCGCUCUCCUGGAUAUGUUGGAUCUUCUCUAAGUCUGUCCUGGCCCAACAGCUCGGCUCUGGCCUAUAUGGCCUCGGCAUAGCAGUGGUGGGCAUCGACUGGUCCACCAUCUCAGCCUACCUCGGCAGCCCUCUGGCCAGCCCCUGGUUUGCCACUGCCAAUGUCGCAGCGGGCUUCGUCCUUGUCAUGUACAUCCUCACCCCAAUCUUCUACUGGCUCAAUGUCUACAAGGCCAAGACCUUCCCCAUCUUCUCCGACGAUCUGUUCACUGCCUCAGGACAAGAGUACAACAUAUCCAAGAUCGUCACUUCCGACUUCACCCUGGACGUGGUGGCUUAUGAGAAGGAAGGGCCACUCUAUCUCAGCACCUUCUUCGCCAUGACCUACGGGGUCGGCUUUGCCUCUCUGACUGCCACCGUCGUCCAUGUUCUCCUCUUCCAUGGACGAGAAAUAUGGGAGCAGAGCAAGGCGAGCUUCACUGAGAAGACGGCGGACAUACAUACGAGGCUAAUGAGGAGGUACAAGCAAGUGCCGGAGUGGUGGUUUUGGCUGAUCCUCGUCGUCAACAUAGCGGCCACCAUAUUCUCCUGCCAGUACUACAACAGUCAGCUUCAACUUCCCUGGUGGGGUGUCAUCCUCGCCUGCACCAUCGCCAUUUUCUUCACUCUCCCAAUCGGCAUCAUCACCGCCAUCACCAACCAGACACCAGGUCUAAACAUCAUCACGGAGUACAUCAUCGGGUACCUCUAUCCGGGAUAUCCUGUAGCGAACAUGUGCUUCAAGGUGUACGGGUACAUUAGCAUGACGCAGGCUAUCACCUUCUUGCAAGACUUCAAGCUUGGCCAUUACAUGAAAAUUCCUCCUAGAACUAUGUUCAUGGCACAGGUGGUGGGGACUCUCAUAGCUGGGUUCGUGUACCUGGGCACUGCUUGGUGGCUUAUGGAGACGAUCCCCGACAUCUGCGAGACGACCUCAUCAGACAGCCCGUGGACGUGCCCGGCCGACACAGUCUUCUACGAUGCAUCCGUGAUCUGGGGGCUGAUAGGGCCCCGCAGGAUCUUUGGGGACGAGGGCACGUACGAGGCCAUCAACUGGUUCUUCCUAGGGGGAGCAAUCGCCCCGCUCCUGGUCUGGCUGGCCCACAAGGCUUGGCCCAACCAAGAGUGGAUCGGCCUCAUCAACAUGCCGGUCCUGAUUGGGGCCACAGGGAUGAUGCCCCCUGCGACCGCUGUGAACUACACGACCUGGAUCAUAGUGGGGUUCUUUUCGGGGUUCGUGAUGUAUCGAUACAAGCCGGAGCUAUGGAAACGAUACAACUACGUUCUCUCGGGAGCCCUCGACGCGGGGCUUGCCUUCAUGGGGGUGCUCAUAUACCUCUGCCUGGGAUUGGAAGGUGUGGACUUUGAUUGGUGGGGGAAUGACCUUGAUGGCUGCUCCUUGGCUACUUGCCCUACAGCCAAAGGAGUGGCGGUUGAAGGAUGCCCUGUUUUCACAUAGAAUAGGAGGCAUAUCAAGAAAGAAGGCAAAAAGAUGGAAGAUCAUAUUCAUUUUCUCAGGAUAGAUUCAAUUUCCUCUCACAAUAUUUGUACAUAUGAAAUUGACGAGAGGCAUAAUGUAUUUUCUUUUAGCUCUUUUCUAGGAUGAUGGAUAUGUUUGGUCCCAAAAUUGUUACAUGUGUGAACUUUCUGCCACCAUGUCAAAGGAUUUAUGCUCAUAAAUCAUCCAAGGUUUACGAAUA